CACAUCAUGUGUAUUUUAAUGACAAGAUACGCUAUCUGAUGUAUAAACGUCGUCGGUUGCAAGUAAACCGGAUAAAUAUUUCGGAUAGGCUACGGACCACUACAAUAUUACGAAUGCUGACAUCUGUAUUGUUCACUUGAACAAAACAGUUUUAAAUCGUUGAUUAAAUAGCUACCUUCAGUGAAGAAAAUGAUUUUUCGAACAAGACGGUUUUCCAAAAACCUUUUUAUUUUUGGCAUAUGCGCAUGUGCUUUAUGGAUAUUUGCAAGGUCUGUGUUUCAUUGUCAAUCUAGUCAAAAUGAUAGUGCAAGAAAUGUAGAAAAUAAUAAGAAAGACUACCACUUUUCCACAAAUUUACUAAUAGUUGUGUUAUCAGCUCCAAGUCACAAAGAAGUUCGAGAUGUGAUAAGACAAACAUGGGCUUCAAAACCCCCUUUAGAAGUUAAGAUACGCUUUGUUGUUGGUGUGAAACACUUACCUUUAAAUGUAGAGGCUGAUUUGAAAAAUGAGCAGCAGCUCCAUAAUGAUCUUAUAUCUCUUGAAAAGUUUGAGGAUUCGUACAAUGCUUUGACAAUGAAACUUAUAGAAACAUUCAAAUUUGUGAAUCAGCAUGUUAGAUUUAAUUUUUUAAUGAAAGUUGAUGAGGACAGUUUUGUACGUGUUGAUAAAGUCUCAGAUGAGCUUUUGUCUAAGCCGCAAGAGAGGUUGUAUUGGGGAUUCUUUGAUGGUCGAGCACAUGUAAAGAAAUCUGGAAAGUGGGAAGAAAGGGACUACGUGUUAUGUGACAGAUAUUUGCCAUAUGCUUUAGGGGGAGGUUAUGUGCUCUCAAAGGACUUAAUUACUUAUGUUGCUGAAAACAGCCACUUAUUUAGCAUUUUUAAGAGUGAAGAUGCUUCUUUAGGGACCUGGUUAGGCCCCCUGAAUAUUCACAGGAGCCAUGACACUAACUUUGAUACGGAGUUUGUUUCUCGUGGAUGUUUCAACUCCUAUAUAGUAACUCAUAAAAAGUCACCGGAUGAUUUAAAAGAGUUGCAAAAUAACAUGAUCAAGUUAGGCCAGCUUUGUACGCAAGAAAAGCGAACUCGCUUGUCUUACGAGUAUGACUGGACAGUUUCUCCGACAAAAUGCUGUGAAAGGAAAGAUCCUUCCAUUCCUUAGGUUGUUUAUUCCUUGACAUAAAGGAGUGUUAAUCAAUAAUUCAUCAACAUUCUAUCUUUGACUGCGGUCACAGCUUCCUACAAGCUUCUCAAUUCUGGGAGAUUCUAUCUAGCUGCCCUAUGUCUUGCCCAUCUGCUUGGAAGGUUCCAGUUGAGGGAUUGCCUUGUAGUAUUGGAUGCAUGCUUGCAAAGGUUGUGGCCUUUCGAUUGCCAAUGUCUCUGAAAGAUGUCUUCUUCAACAGGCUGCUGUGUUCUUCUUUGUUGGUGAUCUUGUGUGGCCAGCAGAUCUUAAGGAUUUCCUGAGGCAGAUGUUGAUGAAGACCCGAAAUUUCUUCAUGUAGGUGACUAUGGUUUUCCAGGUUUCUGCUACAAUAAGAAGUAUUGGCUUAUCGAUAGUAUGAAAGAGCCUGAACUUGAUGUUGAUGCCUAUAGCCUUGAAUCCCCAGAUCAAUUUUUGGUGGUUUGAUUUCCUGCUUCAUGUUUUCUUUAUUGUCAAUAUAUAUAAUCAUUUAAAAUGUGUCCUUCCUUUAUUUGUUAAGUUGUUAUAUAUAAUAAAAAAUGUUGUUUACAUUUAAUGUUAGAAGCCCCAUAAGAGUAAACGGUAAUACAAAUUCAAAAGUUUUAUAUAGUCAUUUAUGUGUUUUUUAUGCCCCCUUUCGAAGAAAAGGGGGUAUAUAGUUUUCGCACUGUCUGUCAGUCUGUCACACUUUUCGUGUCCGCUCUCUAAUUCAAAUAGUUUUCAUCCGAUCUUUACGAAACUUGGUCAGAAGUUGUAUCUAGACAAUAUCUAGUUCAAGUAUGGGUCAUGCCGGGUCAAAAACUAAGUCAUGGGGUCGAAAAAAACAAAUCCAAGGGAAGUAAUAAGCUUAAAAUGGACAUAAUUAUCUGACCUGCCAAAUUAUAUAUUUUUGUUAAAUAAAUAAAAGCGGCGCAGUAGGCGGUAUUGUGUUUCUGACAAACACAUCGUGGUAAAAGGUCAAGGUCAUCAUUCAAGGUCUAAGGUCAAAAAUACAGAUCUAAGGGAAGUAAUAAGCUUAAAAGGGAGAUAAUUAUUCAAUAUUUAACAUAGCAACUUGAUAUUUGGCAUGCAUGUGUAUCUCAAGGAGCUGCAUAUUUUGAGUGGCUAAAGGUCAAGGUCAUCGUUCAAGGUCAAAGGUCAAAUUUAUGGCUUCAAAGCGGCACAAUAGGGGGCAUUGUGUUUUUGACAAACACAUCUCUUGUUUUUAAAUGAUAUAAUUAUCAUUUCUGUCCUGUACUAAUUUGUGAAUGGUAGGGUUCAUUACAUACCUGUGGACUUAUGUCCAUAGAUACAUGAUGAACUCUGGCUAUGAUCUCUUUGAUAAACCACAGGCCUUGGUUGUCAGUGAUGUCUGACUUGGUCAUUUUUGACUGUCUACAGACCCCCAGCCCCCUGGUUGGAUUGGACAAAAUCCAACGGAAGUAAUAAGCUUAAAAGGAAGAUGAUUUCUAUACCUGCCAAAUGAAAAAUAGAAAAGCUAUUUCAAAGCGGCGCAGUAGGGGGCAUUGUGUUUCUGACAAACACAUCUCUUGUUAUUCUAGGCAUCAUUAUCAUAAUGUUUUUGUGUUAAAUCAGUUAUAUUAUAUAUAUAUAUAUAUAUAUUUUUUUGUACUUCCAAUUCAUUCAAAUAAAUUAUGUCACCUUGUCGAUCUGAUAAUUGCUGUAUAAAAAAUAUAACUUUAUUAGUUCA